CUAUCGAUCACAACUUUUCUGCUUUCACUAUAGGCUGUUCUCAGCUGUUAAGUGAUUUCGGGAUUCCAUCUGAUAGUUUCCAUCUCCUCUAAUACAGAUACAUUGGAGUUUUAUGAAUAUAUUUUGAUACGAUAACAGUAAGAAAAGUUGUUUUGAAUAGUGUAAUAAUAAAAAUCAGCGGCUUGUAUUGUUGAAGGAAAAGUUUACACAAUGUCUAAAGAUGAUAGAGAGUUAGAUUUGUCAAAUGCGGGCCGUGGUGUAUGGUUGGUUAAAGUUCCGAAGUAUAUUGCUCAAAAAUGGUCAAAGGCACCUUCGAAUAUGGAUGUGGGAAAAUUACGAAUUUGUAAGACCCCAGGACAAAAGGCACAAGUCUCUUUAUCACUUACACAAGCUGUUGUUAAUUUAGACCCAGAAGAAAAGAUUCCUACUGAACAUAUAUUAGAUGUGUCAGUGGUCACAAAGCAGACAUUAGGUGUUUUUUCCCAUGUCAUGCCACCAGAGUCCAAUAAUAUUAGUAAUGGAAAAGACAAAGAAACUCAGCCAGUUAGUGAAGCUGAAAAGUUGUAUAUGGAAGGACGUAUUGUACAGAAAUUAGAAUGCCGUCCAAUUGCUGACAACUGUUACAUGCAAUUAAAGUUAGAAUCCAUACGUAAAGCGUCAGUGCCCCAACGCAAGGUUCAACCCAUAGACAAGAUUGUACAAAAUUUCAAGCCGGUCAAGGACCACGCUCACAAUAUUGAAUAUCGCGAAAGAAAGAAAGCAGAAGGAAAGAAAGCUAGGGAUGACAAGAAUUCAGUCAUGGAUAUGCUGUUUAAUGCCUUCGAAAAACACCAGUACUAUAACAUAAAAGACUUAGUCAAAAUAACUAAACAACCCAUUGGAUAUCUUAAGGAAAUACUUAAAGAGGUCUGCGAUUAUAACAUGAAGAAUCCUCACAAAAAUAUGUGGGAAUUGAAGAAGGAAUAUCGCCACUAUAAAACUGAGGAUAAAAAAGAUGAAGAUAAAUUGGCAACGGAGAGUGAUUCAGAUUAGUGUAAAACCAAACAUAUUAAGUUGAAAAAUCUUAUCCAAAUAAAUAUUUGCACCUUCAACUACGGUUAAGGAUUGACUACUGAAAUAUAGAUCCAAUUUGACUUCUAUGCUAACGACAUCA